UGAGCCUAUGAUCUCACCAAACUUGUUCGGGGAAGAGAGAUUUACGGGUGGAAGACGACGGAGGGAGAGAACAACGGAGUGGAGUGGAAGUUACUAGUAAAUGAACAAAACGACGCCGUUCCUAGUGUAAUGGCGCUUACUUUCCACCUGAUAACAUUCAACGCCGUGAAAGUGACGGUUUAUGUCUGGUUCCAGUAGGUUGCUUCGCGGCUCUGAGGGAGCUGUAUAAGAGGCUAAUCUUGCCCACGUGGAGAAUCCAUAAAAGGCUCUUCUUUCUAUAAUCAAAUUCAGCUUCAGCCAUUCUCUGUCGGUUUUCAUGAUCCCUUUCUCAUUCUCUUCACUUCCACGAGCUCGUCACAAAUCUCGAAGCUGCUCUAAAAAUUCCAGACUUUGCAGUUUCCUUUGCGGGUGUUUGAUUUUUGUUUGACCAAGUGUUGGUGAUCACCGGUUGCUUAUUUAAGGUUCCACCGAAAUCCAGUUGUUAUCUUAAGCAUUUUCAUGAAUAGCAAUGGCUUUCCGAGCAAACCAUUCAUGGACUUUGGUUGGCCUCAUAUGCGCUUAUCUUGACCUGACUCUUGCUUAUUUUCUUCUUUGUGGAUCGACUAUUGCGUUUUUCAUUUCAAAAUUCUUGCAUCUUUUCGGUCUGCCCUUGCCAUGUCCCUGUACUGGGUUCCUGGGGUUCCGUUGUUGUGAGUUGUGCUUGCAUAAACUACUUAUUGAUUGGCCAGUAAGUGUUAUCCUUUCUGUUCAAGAUUUAGCCAAGAAUAGUUUUUCUUUUGAUUCGAUUUGUUUUGAGGAUCAAGAGCACCAAUCAAAUCUGAAGUUAUUAACAGACAACAAAUGUGAAACUGGCCUUCUUGAGUUGAAUGAUGAAUCCUGUUCUAGUUCGUUUCCUGGUCCAAAAGUGCAAAAAUCAGCUGAUAAAGAAAGUGGGUGUGAUGUUAGAGAGAAGAAAACUAUGAAUCAGAAGCAAAGAGUUGCAAAUAGGCGUCGAAGAAGAGCUAAUUUUGGAUAUGGAAAGUCCUCUUCCAUUUUGCCAUCUGAUGCCAUGCAGUCAGUUGUAGCUGGUGGUUCCACAUCUAUUAGUGACGGCGAAAUCAUUGAAAGUCGAGGCCCUGUGAGUGAAAUAGAUGAUGUUCUUCAGGAUGAGAAAAAUGCAGCAACUAGCAGUGACUUGGAUGAGAGAGGCUGGAAUGGUUUUGAACUGAAUGGUUCAUAUUUGGAGGCUGAUAGAAGAGAGAAGGAUUCAUCUUCUGUUGAAAGCUCCAUGUCCAAGGCUGAAGGUACACCAGGGAUUUCUGGAGAUGAAAAGAAUGUGAUCAGAUUGUUGGAACAGGCUCUUCAAGGAGAAAAAGCUGCCUGUGCUGCUCUUUACAUGGAAUUGGAGGAAGAGAGGGCUUCUGCUGCAACUGCUGCUGAUGAAGCGAUGGCCAUGAUUCUGCGCCUGCAAGAGGACAAAGCUUCCUUAGAAAUGGAAUCAAGGCAGUAUGAAAGGAUGAUGGAGGAAAAAUAUGCAUAUGAUGAAGAAGAGAUGAACAUUUUGAAAGAGAUCCUCGUUAGGAGGGAGAGAGAGAUUCAUUUUCUGGAGAAAGAACUUGGAGCUUACAGACAGAUGAAUGAUUUAAGAAAUGAACCAUCCGAAGGUGAAUUUAGUUGUAUAAUUAAUAAAGGAGAAAGAGAGCUUUCCCCUUCUCCUGUUUUGGAUGAAGAUCCAGCUCUGGUGAUACAGCAUACUGAGAACAGUAAGGAAAUGGGAAAUUGGUUAUCAAAUCUUGAGGCUUCCUCUGCUGACAAAUUGAAUCAAACUUGUGCUUUUGCGAAACCUGGAGCACCAAGAAGCAAAGAUCUAGAUUCCUCCGCUUCACAAGGUUUGGUGCAGAUGUGGGAGAAGAGUUCAGAUUCUUAUGAGAUAAGUCCUGAUAACCAUGAUCUGCACAGUGUUGAGAGGAAAGAAGUGAUAAAAGAUGAUAAGGAAGUAUAUGAAGGAUUAACUACUGGAGCGGUCCAAUCUAGUGGUGCCAUUGAGAGAAAUCUUUCUCAGGACAAAGAUUGUCAAGAGAAAGAUGGUGAAUAUGGGGUUCAAGUAUGGCUCAGUGAACAUGGUCCCAUUCUUGAUAAAGAACCUAUUGUCUAUGAUGUCCAUGUUAUUGAUGAUAAAGCUGAACUGUGGGAGGUGAAUGAAAGAGAAAGUGGACGGUUGAACUGCGUUGCUUCAGGUUGUGGGGUUUGGAAUGAUGAACCAUUAUGUGAUUCCCAUAUUAGAAACAUGACAAAGACUAAGCCUGACAUUCCCAGAAGCAGUUCGAGUACGAGUGGCAGGUUAGGAAUGUCUAGUAGUUCAGUAAACAGGAACUCUUCAACAAUCAGUAAUGAAAGACUGAAGCUUGAUUCUGAAGUUGAUUGGCUCAGGGAAAGGCUGCGAAAAGUUCAGGAGGAAAAGGAAAAGUUGACAUUUACUGCCGAACAUAGAGAAAGGGUGAACGCACAAUUGAAGCUCAUGGAGGAGAUAAUGAAUCAACUCCGAGAGAUUCAGCAGUUUGAGACAUUAAGUGAAUGAAUGACAGAGAGGGAGAAAGUUUAAAAUUGAACAGAUUUUCUGGAGUUGGAGAUGGUUUAUGGACUAGAGAAAGGAAAUUGAUAUGGAGAUUGACAAAUUGCUUUCUCAUGUACAAUGAAGACCAGUCAACAUAUCUAUGUAGAGGAGUGGUUUGAUUGGAACUGAGGGAAUUGUUUUGUCGAUGAAGAAAGAAUGAACUUGCCAAUAAAUCAGUUGAGAGUAUAUCCGUGACAUGUAAAUUUUGGUUAUAACUUUUGUCAUGAAUCAUUUUAGUUCGUACUUUGUAUUAUGUGGAGAUAAUUUCUGAUUCUUACUUGGUGAGUAAUUGUUUGGAGAUGA